ACACAGGAGUUUCCUUGUUAGAAAAAGCUAAGAGUGCACAGUCAUAGCACUGUGGGGGAAUCUGAAUUUGACACAGAAUUUAAGAUAUUUAUAUAUUUUAGGGUAAUUUACAAUACGUGAGGAUUCAAAAUGUAUUUUGUCGUAGUUUUGCUCUUGUUUGGGACACUUUCAACGGUGAACAGUGAGACAUUGUCGCUGAGCUACAUCUACACGGCCCUCUCAAAACCAGUUGAAUUGCCUGGUAUCCAUGAGUUCACUGCCAUGGGCCUGAUGAAUGACAGACAGAUCGAUUACUAUGACAGUGUGGAUAAAAAGAAGAUUCCCAAACAGGACUGGAUGAGGGAGAAGCUGCCAGCAGACUACUGGGAAAAAGGCACUCAGUCACGCAAGAGCAAGGAGCAGUGGUUCAAAGUCAACGUCGACAUCCUGAUGAACCGCAUGAGGCACAACAACACUGGUGUCCAUAUCCUUCAGUGGAGGCAUGGCUGUGAGAUUGACAAACAGCCAGACGGCACAUUGAAAUUUAUAAAGGGCACUGACCAAUACAGCUACGAUGGUGAUGACUUCCUGGCCUUUGACGAUGCCACUAUGCAGUGGGUGGCCCCAGUUGAUCAAGCUCUGCCGACUAAGAGGAAGUGGGACGGGGUGCAGAUCCUCAACCAGUACACCAAGGGCUACCUGGAGAAGGAGUGUGUGGACUGGCUGUCCAAAUUCAUGGCAUAUGAGGACAAAGAGGCUAAUAAGCACUCACCUCCAAAGGUCUAUGCAUUUGCUAAAAAAGUCAAAAUUGCAGGACAUAUUCGACUGACCUGCAUGGCCACAGGUUUCUAUCCCAAAGAUGUACUAAUGCAUAUUAAGAAGAAUGGCGUCCAAUUGACCAAACAAGAUGGAGUGCAGUCUGACGGAGUCUUACCCAAUGAUGAAGAGAGCUACCAGAUCAGGAUGAGUGUGCAGAUUCCAGAGGCAGACAAGGAAACUUAUGAAUGCUUUGUCAACCAUAGAACGUUGAAGGAGCCAAUUGUGGUCAAAUGGGAUGGAAAAUGCUGUGAUUGUAGCCAAGGCACAGUUGCUGUCAUUGUUGCUGUUGUUGUUGCGGUGAUCUUCCUGUUAGCCGUGGUUACCUUACUUUUGGUUCUUUGGAGGACAGGCACAAUAUGUGCUGGUCAAACAGGAGCUCUAAUGCCUACUGGGAAUCAGGCACCUCUGAAUGUGACAAAAGAUUGCGCUAGCAGCACUUCCUCUGACUCUGGUCAAGGCAGCAAUGAAUGUCUAGAGAGGGAGACAAUGCUGACAAAUGGAGUGACAACAGAGGACGCUAACAGCACUUCCUCUGACUCAGGUCAAGGCAGCAAUGAACGUCUAGAGAGUGAGGUAAUGCUGACAAAUGAAGCCAUUGGGGAGUGACUGACAACGCAAUCAAAUCCAGCAAAGAACGUGUGAUUUUGUUUUGUAAUAAUCAGCAAAUAUUGUCGAUCUAGAUGUUUUCAUUCCCAUGCAUUGAUCAUUUUGAUCAGGUUGGCUUGGAUAUGAAAUACUUAUUUAUUGACUUUUUGAUAUUUUGAAUAUCAUAGUGGAAUUCUUUGUUUGAUUAAAAUGUACCAAAUUAUUUUUCAACAAACGGAUUGACCAUUUUAAUUGAUUGGUAUUGGAACCAUUAGUCUAUUUGUAUUGCACAGUAUAUUAAAAUUAUUGAUCAUUUUAAACUAGAAACCAAUCUUUGCACGCACAGAAACACUUACACACACACUGAACUGCUUUUUAAAUAGGUUUUGUUUUUUAUGGAAAGUAUAAUAAAUUAAUAAAGGACUGCUUUGAUGAACCAA